UUACUCUUUGACGCCUACAAACAAUUCGCUUCAUUUUCUCCCCUUGCCCAGCUUGAUAAAUGUCUAACAGAGCUGACAGACAUCGACGAGAAUCUGGAGGCUGGAGAGGAUUGGUUGGCCGAGAUGGAGGCCAAACUGACUUCUGUUACUGCCGUGACCACGGCUUCGCCUGUACCUCUCAUGACAACAACAAUCCUCGGCAUUGAGAGUGGCAGUGGAGGUGAUUUGGCUGACGAUACGGUCGCCAGCUCCGAGUCACAGUCGUUGGCCGGCCUCUGUUUGAGUUCCGGUAGCAACGUACUUGGCUUGCUGGCGGCCAAAACCGGUAGACCUAGCAACACUAGCGGAAGCAUCAGCACCGAUCCAGCGACUGAACUGGCCGGAACCAGCAUCUCCCAGAGAGCAAUCGAGCCACAAACCGCAGUCUACCGCUUGCAGCAAUUAAUCAUAGAGCUGGAGACUCGUGGAGCUCGUCGACUCUCCAGCCUGUCGACGCGGGCUGCCGCCAAUGGUGACUCGAAAGUCCAGAUUCGUCUCGAGGCGUUGCAAGUUCGACUGGCCGAGGCGAUAAAUCAGGCCAAAACUAGUGCAGAGAAGUUGACCCAUGAGGGUCGUCGAUGGCGGGACUUUAUCGGACAAGCCGAAGCACUUGGUGCCAUUCUUCGCGAACUGACACGUCGACUUGACCAGAUAGCGGAAGAUUUGGAGAUCGAACGUCGAGGCCCGGCUGGAUCGUCUUGUGACGGCGAAGGCGAGCAAAGAGAGAGCCGAGACUAUGCAGGAGCCAUGGAAAGGAUGGAAAGUGAAAAUGUUGGCGUUGGAAAGUCGAGUACUGAAGGGGACUCGAGAAGCAGGAAAAGCGUGAAGCUGACUGGCCCAGUGGCUCUUUUAUUUUGCGUUUCGUAG